AUGGAAGAAUGCGAUGUAGUGCGUGCAAACUCCUCUAUGUUCCCCGUAGAGAAGAAGUUGGACAUUCCAAGAGACGAGCAGCCAUUAGCUCAUACAGGAUCACUACAGGUUUAUAUACAGCUUGCUGAAUCUGUAAUAUUCCUACAAGGCUAUAAUAGUGAUCAGUGGAAUGAAGCGCCACCGAGUUUGCUCCGGGGUUCUCUUAUUGUUAGGGUUCUGAAACCAACCAAACUUAAGGCAAUCAACCUAACUUUCCGGGGUGUCGGAAAGACAUCUUGGCCGGAGGGGAUACCCCCAAAGCACCAUGAGUUUUUUGAGGAGGAGGAGUUUUUGGUGCAUACUUGGCCUUUUUUCCAGGCAGAAGAUAAUGCGACGAACAGCGGUGAGACGGAAAGUGAUCUGUUGUUAUCGCGAUCUAAUGCGUCAGUUUACCGGCCACUGCCUGAAACACCGUCGUCUGGGCAUAUUCUGAUGGGUGGUCGGUCGCGGUCCAGUCAACGUAUGCAGACCGUUGACGAAUUGUGCAAGCGCCCCCCGAUGGAAAGGCGUUCUUCUUCGCUGAUGGCCCGGUCGCUUUCUUUUGGGAAACUUUCAAAGAAGAACAGCUCCCUUGAUGUGCGUGUAGGAUCUGCUACGAGUAUUUUUUCAGACUUUAUAUCUGCAACGAUGUCUAACGGAAGCGAGACAUCUUUGCUUUCACGUAACUCGCACGGUAACAGUGAAAACUUUGUAUUCCAACCAGGAGACUAUGUCUACUCUUUUGAACAUCCUAUAAUUGCUUCUACCCCAGAAACAAUACAUGCAGCAUAUGGGUCUGUAUCCUAUACUUUGGAAGUGACUAUUGAGAGGUGUGGUGCGUUUAAGCAUAAUUUACAUGCCAAGGUGCCCAUUACACUGGUGCGCACGCUUUCGUCCAGCUCAGUUGAGGAUACAGAACCAAUAGCUAUAUCGCGUAACUGGGAAAACCAUCUUCACUAUGAUAUUGUAAUAGCGUCCAAAGAUAUUGUGCUGGACGCUUUUCUACCAAUUACUUUGCGUUUGAUGCCCCUUGAUAAAAUCACUCUGCAUAGAAUCCGAAUAUAUCUUACUGAAACCAUUGAAUACUUCUGCAGGGGUGGCAAAGUUCACAGAGUGGAACCAUCUAGGAUAUACUUGCUAGCGGAGCAUAGAGCACCACCGUUGGAAGGUGUUGCUCCUGAAGCGAUAUCUAAAGCGAGAAACCUGGGAAAUUUGCUAGAAAACGAAAAUGGUGAGGUGGUAAAUAAAGACUUCGACUAUCAGGUUUUCAUUCCUGAAAGAUUAAAUUACAAGGAGCGCUUGCAUCCAGAUGUAACAUAUACAAAUAUCAAGGUAAACCAUUGGCUAAAGGUUGGCCUGCGCCUUUCGCGGAUAGUUGAUGAUUCACGCAAACAUUUUGAAAUUAACAUAGAUGCUCCAAUCCAUGUGUUACACAAGCUUUGUUCGCAUGCAAACACUCUCUUACCUAGCUAUGACUCACAGGUUACGAGGUCAUCAGACUCAUGUGAUAUGGCGAAUUCUUCAGCUUUAUACCAUAGUUCUAACGUUUAUUUCCCAAGAGAGGUUGUUCAGUUACCAAUGAUGUCCGAGGAGGAUCUAACUGCAGAUAAAUUUAACCUCUCUCCUAAGACGCUAAACCCUUUACAACACAACAAGUCCAGGCAGCAUAUGAUGUAUCAUAGAGCAGCUUUGGCUGACGAUAUCAACACCACUGGUGUGCUGAACACACCCGAACUAAGAGCCAAUAUCUAUCAACCGGAUAGAUUGCACCCUGAACUUGUUUCUCCGCAAGCUAUCCCGUUAUCCCCAAUAUCUUCUCCCACGCUGCAUAAUAGUGACGCUGAAGAAGAAGAUGAUAGCCCCCCUCCUUUUGGAGAAGACGAUAUAGACAGGAAUGAUAGCUUGGAUGCUGUCCCACCUGCUCCUCCAUCUUAUGAUGAAGUACUAGAAGAAGAUGGGAUAGUGGUGGUCUCAAGUAAUUUUAACAGAGCAUCAAGAGGUGUUUCUUCGAGGCCUAGAGGGACGUCAAGAACUGCUGCUGCAGUGGCCUCCAGAAGUAACUCACCAAAUACUGACUUUAGGAUGCGUUCUUCAUCGCCCUUCAGACCAGGAAGCUCAGCACUUGGCAACCGACGGAGCACGUCUCUAGAUGCGCGCAUGACUGCCACUUACAAAAAUGAAUCUUUUAAUACCUUAAACCCAGUACGGUCUACCAACGAAGAUAUGGUUAGUUGUGAGACGAACGGCACUAGGCGGAUACCAGAGGAUAAUGAAUUAGCCAAUGAUCAAGACACCAUCAGCUAA